UGUGUGUGUCUGAACGCAUAAGCUCAGGUUUGUGUAUCAAAAUCUGCCGUUGUUAACCAAUUAUUGAUCUAAAGGAUAGCAAAACGUUCCACAAUUUGUUUUUGUGUUAUGUUCUGUGUUAUUUCCCACGUGAUCAGGUUCCAAGCAGAGAUCAGUUAAUUUUGCAUUCAAGAGCUGAAAUGAAGACAUCUGAACAAAAGCUCUUCCUGUCAUUAUCUAUUUCUAAGAAAUAGUCUCUGUUCCUUUUUAAUGUUCCUAAGUUUUCAUUUUGCAUGAGACACUAAGUUUCAGAUUUGUUCCAUUUUGGGGUUUAAAUUUUGUUUCAGGGCUUAUUUUUCAUUCUAGGUAGUCUUACUAUUUUUUGUUGUAUUCCUUUGAUAUGCCGAGGCUGGGUUGAGUGGGCACCCCUGUGCUUUUUUCCUUUCUUCCAACAAUGACCUGGUUUACCCCCCACAGAGUUACACAUACCCACUCAAGGGAAGUGCCCAAUCCAGCAACGGUUCUGUGCAGUUGGCUACUGAGCAGCUCCAUUACAGCUCUGGGAGGUGUAGCACUUUGCUCAAAGGCUCCUCAAAAGUUGGCGCUAAGGAAAGGGGAAAAUCGUUACUCAUUCAUGUCUGCCGUGCCCACAUUCUCCCAACUGGUCCUCAGACUAAACUGGGAAAGUCUCUGACUCAAGCCUGACUCCCUCACUUUUAGGCUACAGCCGCCCCCUCGCACCUUUUCUCUCUGUCUGUCUCCAUAAAGUUCUACCCCUUUCAGUCAUUUUCCAUUUCACUUUCUUCCAAGUUGGCCACAUUGAAGGAGGAGGCGAGACACUUGAAACACGAGGUCAGAGGACACCCGGAUGAGUCGUGCCAGCUCAGCGGUAUGGAGUGCUGUAUAGAGCAGAAAGAGAAGCAGCUACGCGAUCAGCUCCGUGUUGGUCAGCAACAGGUUGAGACAUUUGAAGGGAAGCUAAAGAAACAGCAGGUUGAGAUGGAAAUUCUCCGUGAGCAGCUGAAAGGAGCCAAGGAGGUGAUAAAAGAUGCAGGUUUACAAGCCCGGGAGCAGAAAGAAACCAUAGACAUUUUUAGACAAAAGUACCACGCAGCCAUAGAGAAGGUGCAUCGGGUGCAAGGACAGGUGGAGCUUUUGGAAGAGGAACUGCAGUAUUCACAGCAACAGCUUCGAGAUUGCCGAGUGGCCGCGCAUUCAGCAAAAGAGGAGCUAGCCGGGAUGGAGCAGCGGUAUCUGGAGAAGGUCGGCCACUGGGAGGACGCCCAGGAGGCUUUGGACCAGUUGACGGAUGAACUCCUGACCAACCAGACUCUCCUGAGGGAGAGCCAGCAAAGAGCAGACCAUCUUAAAGGCUUAGUGGACACAAUCAAACAGCAGGUUCAUACGGCACUUCUCAGACAGCCAGAGGAGCAGCUGAAGGAGGUCAGGAGAGAGGCAGCGAGGCGGAGCAGCGAUGGGUUUGCACAGAGAGAGGAGGCGCAGAGGCUUCAGGAAGAGAGUCUGGGCAGUCGCGUGAGGCGGUUUAGUCGAGAGCUGGAGGAGCUGCGCAGCAAGCUGCAAGUGACAGCGGAGGAGUUGGCAGCCCGUGCAGAGGAGGCGAGGCGGAUGGAGGGGUGCCUGAAUGAGGGAAAGCUAGCAGAGGAGAAAAUAAGGUCACUGGCCCUGAGGCUGCAGGCAAACAUGGCGGAGCUCCAGAGGAAUCUUCAGCAGGCUGUCGCUCACAAACGCCAGGCGGAGCGAGAGAAACAAGAAGCCCAGGAACAGGUGGACACACUCCUGAGGGAGCUGCAGGAGACACGGUCCGAGAAGGCAAACCUACGCCAUGAGAGCCAGUUGCUCAUGACUAAUGUCAACUGUUGGAUUGCUGAACAAAAGGCCUCCAACGAGAGCCUCAGUGCCCAGAUGACGGCCCAGAACAAGGUGCUGCUCAUCCUCACUGAAGAGAAAGACAUGGAAAAGCAGGGUUGUGCGGCCGUGGCUCUGAACCUCAGCAAAAUCGAGGACAUGCAGACUAGACUUCGAAGCAACCUGGAGGCCAUCAGAAUGCUAAAUCAACAAUUAAACUCGCUCAGCAGGGAGAAUAAGCGGCUGCGCAGGCAGCUGGACGGCGAGCGGGCCGCACGUAGACGGGCGGAGGGGCCUCCUCCUCCUCCUCCUCCUCCUCUUCCUCCUCCCGCCAAGCAGAGCUCCAUCGUCGACCUCCCCACCGUCCCCCGGCUCCUCUCUGCGCCUCCCUCCCCCCCCUCCGGGCAUGGACAGAGCGACGGGGGACGCUGUUGGGACUCUGACCCAAACGAGGCGGAGCGGAGCCGGGGGUUCGGGGAGACCAGGUGAGUCGGGAUUAAGCCCAAUGCCCCGCUGGAAACUGCUUGGUCCGGGAGGACCAGCAGGGAUCUGAACAAAUGAAGCACACUGAAGACUUUGACCCGUCAUGACUUGUUGGCCUCCACCUCCUCACCAGGGAGGGUAGUCAGCGAGAGGUCAAUGCCCUGCAGGUCAAAGCCGACUCCCAGGGUGCUUCUUGCCUGAAGGGGGCUCCAGAACCAGCGAACGGUGGAAUUCCUUCAAAUCAUCUAAAAUCCACUCAAAAGAACAUUUCUACUGCUCGGCCAGAAAGAGAUUUAUUCCAAGAAUAUAUUUUCUUUUUCUUUUUAAAUAGAUUUUGACACUUAACAUAAAAAUUGAUGCAUCCUCAAAAAGCCGUAAUGCUCUGAAGAGUCUUCAAGAAAUGAUGACAAAACUCUAAAACUAACCUAUCACUGUCUUAUUUGAAGAUUCUGACAGUUCUGAUGACUUCUAACCCUUUAUUCCAACGUAUAGUCAAAUAACUAAAAAGAUUGCUGAUGACUGUGUCUUACACCAACGUGUCGUGAGCAUCCACAGCUCGAAGGUGGAUCGCCGUCACGCCGCCCCUGGUUGCGCUGCAGCUGCUGCGGGGAGCGACUGCGAUGCUGAAGGUGCGUGUGCGUUACGUGUCUGCGUGCUUCUGCCUCUGGAUGAGCGUGCGAUUGAGUUUAUUACCGUAAGAUGUUUGUAUUUUGUUUUAUGCUGCAAAAGCACUUAUUGAUUUCUCUGUGUUGCUUCGUUCGAGCCCCCCGCGUUGUGUGGACGGGGAAAUAAAAACAGAUACAUUUGUUAGUGGUAACACGUUGCUCACCGUUUUUAUUCCAUCCGUCAAUACACAAUGAAUAUCUCAAGUGCUGCUCCGUGUUAACACUUGUCAUUUUUACAACUGAUGAUUUACUUUGUUUCCCAUGAAAAGAUGCUAAAGUAUUGGAAACCAGCAAAACCAUUAAAUAAAUGAUCUUCAAUGUGCUUUUGAAGCUCGCAAGACACUCGCACUCGUGUAUUGAUCUGUGGACUUUCCAUGAGCACCGACGCGUGACUUUUGGCCCCUUUCAUGUGUUCAUAGCGGCUGAACAAGGGCAGCGUCGCACGCGAGCAUCGCCGAGGACAAGAAGCAUGCAAAUAUUUGAACUAUGCGGAAGGAGCACUAUUAUACUGUGAUAAUGAGAAUUCUAGGGAAAGUAGGUCUCAGACCACAAUUGGCUUCCUCAUCUUGCCAUUGUCUCUUGUUGUCUCCCCCUACCUGUCCCCCACACUCCCCCACCUGCCUUCCAGACUCCCUGUUUUAUCUUUCAUUGUUGUUUUUUGUUCACACAUAGCUGUGUGUUGUGUAGACGGUCAGGAUGUCGUACAUUUUAAUGAUUGCGAGUAGAACUGCGUGUCCUUGUUAGCUUGGUUUUCCUCAUUUGCCGUGUCACGCUCAAAAAUACACUUCUUUUAUGUGCAAACACACAUGGGUGCACCCACUCACACAUCCGCACGCAUAUAUAUCACAAACACACACGCACACACACCUACACACACACUCUUAGGCAAACGGCACAGUCAUUAAAAAUGAAACCACAGGCUUUUUGAAAACUCCCAGGACUGAGGGAAAAGUCAGCGGCGCAGCGGUGAAAAGAGUCCCCCUGGAAACAAUGAGGAGAAUGAUCAUUUGUUGUUCUUGAAAACCCGGUGAGGUUUCACAGAGGUUAAGCUUCCCUUUGAUGUGUUUUUAACUCGUUUCAGCUCUGCGGAGGGAUUAGUCAGCCUCUCGCUCACACAAACACAAAUGUCUACGUUUGCACACACACACACACACACACACACGCACAUCCAGACUCUUAAUUUCCACACCAUGAGCUCUUCUCUCACAAAGGAGGAAAGCGCAGAACAGGCUCCUUCCUAACCUAAUUUCAUCAAAUGAGAUGUGGGUGGUGCUUCAAUGCUGCAUGUGUGGUCCCUUGGAAAUCUGUGGUAAACCAGCAAAAAUAUUGCAAGGCAGUAUUUUUCUUUUUAUCCCAAAUUAGCGUCAGGCUGCUUGUGAAAAGAAAUGGCCCUUAACCACGAGAAGGAGACAGAAAGAGAGACGUGUAGAUCCCUGCACUCAUUACAGUGUUUACACAAUAAUAUAUGUGAUGUGUGGGUUGCUUGCGUGUUUUUGCCGAGGUCCAAACACGCAGUUUGUGCGUUUGUUAGUUGGUUACCAGCUCCUGUGCGCGCUGUGCUGUAUGUCUCUUAAGCAGCUGUGCAACAAAAAUGACCUGCAAAUGAUUCUUAGUGUUUGUUUUAACCAACUGGGAGUGCCAGACGGGUGAAGACAGACCGUAGAGGCACUGUUAUGUUUAAUGGUUGGAUCGCAUCUUAAUAAUUAGC